CUCAAUGCAAUACAAGCCACAAAUCUACCACACGUGUCAUCAUCUCACUUGCUCCUCCCUCUUUUCCAAAAACGCGCGUUUCACCGUAAACUCUUUUAAGUUUCACGUGCAUCUGAGAAUUCCUAGCCGUAAAAUCAUCCACGUGUCCCCUCCUCAACACGUGUCACAAAAUCAAAGGCUCAUCUAUUUAACCCAUCUCAACACACCCCUCUCUCUAUAUAUAUAGACUUCAUUUAGCUCCACCACACCACAUCCAUUAUCUAAUAUCUAGUAUUCAAAAACAACUUCAUCUUCAUCACUAGUACAACCAUCUACUUUGAUUGAUUAAUUAAUUAAUGGCGAUGAGUCUGACACACCAGAUCGGAGCACUCUCAGGAACACCAGUGACCAUCGAAGCAGCCACUACAAACACCGGAGAAACAUCGGCAACACUAAGCGCUUCAGCAGUGUGGAAAUCUCCCGCACCGUUGAAGUGCAAAGUGACACGCACAGUCGGCGAUAAAACAACAACAGACAUGCUAUCGCCGCCUGUGAGUCCAUGCCGAUCACCUCUCCGUGCGGAUCUGAGUGCGGCAUGUCAAGCCUUUACUACUACUAUGUCACAAUCAGAUAUAGCUACAGAGAAAGAAUACGCAGUAGCUGCAAAUGAUAAGGAAGCGAAGAAAGGGGUGCCUGUUUAUGUGAUGAUGCCGUUGGAUAGUGUAAAGAUGGAUAAUACUAUAAAUCGGAGGAAGGCGAUGAAUGCGAGUUUGCAGGCGUUAAAGAGUGCGGGAGUAGAAGGGAUAAUGAUGGAUGUGUGGUGGGGUUUGGUGGAGAGAGAUAAUCCUGGGGAGUAUAAUUGGGGUGGUUAUGUUGAGUUGUUAGAGAUGGCUAACAAACAUGGCUUGAAAGUUCAGGCUGUUAUGUCGUUUCAUCAGUGUGGCGGUAACGUCGGUGAUUCUGUCACAAUUCCCUUGCCAAAAUGGGCAGUGGAAGAGAUGCACAAGGAUCCAGAUCUUGCAUACACUGAUCAAUGGGGUAGAAGGAACUUUGAGUACAUCUCACUUGGUUGUGAUACUUUGCCAGUCUUGAAGGGGCGAACACCUGUGCAAUGUUAUGCUGAUUUUAUGCGUGCUUUCAGAGAUCAGUUUGAACACCUCCUUGGCGAAACUAUUGUGGAAAUACAAGUAGGGAUGGGCCCAGCUGGUGAGCUACGCUACCCUUCGUACCCAGAACAAGAUGGAACAUGGAAGUUCCCUGGAAUUGGAGCUUUUCAGUGUUUUGACAAGUACAUGGACAGCAGCUUGAAAGCCGCUGCAGAAGCUGCUGGUAAACCAGAAUGGGGUCACUCAGGCCCAACUGAUGCUGGCGAGUACAACAACUGGCCAGAAGACACCCAGUUUUUCUGUAAGGAAGGUGGAGGCUGGAGCAGCUCGUAUGGUGAAUUCUUCCUCACGUGGUAUUCCCAAAUGCUCUUAGAUCACGGCGAGAGGAUCCUCUCUGCAGCUACUGAGAUCUUCAAGGACAAGGGUGUCAAGAUCUCAGUCAAAAUUGCUGGCAUUCACUGGCAUUAUGGGACUCGCUCUCAUGCUCCUGAGCUGACAGCUGGGUACUACAAUACAAGGUUCCGUGAUGGCUAUCUCCCGAUUGCCCAGAUGUUAGCACGGUAUGGGGCCAUUUUCAACUUCACGUGCAUUGAGAUGCGUGAUCAAGAGCAGCCACAAGAUGCUUUGUGUGCUCCUGAGAAGCUUGUCAGGCAAGUUGUUUCGGCCACGCAACGAGCUCAAGUCCCAUUAGCUGGGGAAAAUGCAUUGCCUCGGUAUGAUGAGCAUGCGCAUGAACAAAUUUUGAAUGCCUCUGCCUUGAAUGUGGAUGAGAACUCAGGCGAGAGAGAAAUGUGUGCGUUCACGUAUUUGAGGAUGAACCCGGACUUGUUUCAGGCGGACAACUGGAGGAAGUUUGUAGCGUUUGUUAAGAAAAUGAAAGAAGGAAAGGAUGUGAAUCGCUGUUGGGAGCAAGUGGAGAGAGAGGCUGAGCAUUUUGUUCAUGCGACUCAGCCGCUUGUCCAAGAGGCUGCUGUUGCUCUCAUGCAUUAGGAGAGACAUAUGUAGUACAAAUUUCAAACUAUAUAUAUAUAUACUCUCAGAACUCAGAAGUCAGGAGUAAUUUGUAUUUAGUCAUAAUAACAACUAUGAAACUUUUCUUUGUUUUUCCUUCAUUAACUAGUACACCCUUUAAUCUUUUCGGGGUUGCUGUUGUUUAUGUAUAGUGUAUAAACUUUCUAAUUUAUUCAAACGAAAAUACACUUCUCUAAUCA